GGAACAGAACAGAACAGAACAGAACAGAAUCGGAACGGAUCGGAUAGGGUACCGGAUAAUGAACGACAACGACUCGCUCUGCGUGCGAGGGAUCUGCAACGCCUCGAGGGUUUCUUGCCACAUCGCCUGCGCCAUUCAGAUUCUUUGCCACGCCAUUCCGACGGUUCGCUUCGCCCUGCGCCGAAUUCUGGACGGAAAUGAUAGCGAAGAAGAAGCAGCAGCACCAAUCCCGAGCCAUCACUCUUCCUCGUCCGCGGAAAAAAUACUGCUGGAGGAGCUCCUGGGCUUUGUCCGAGACGGUGGAGGGGAUCCCAGCGGCAUUGUUUGGAAUCCGCAGAGGCUCUACGGGGUUCUCGAGAAAGCCGGCGGAGGCGAGGCCCCGAGGCUGGAUCCCAACAACGUGGGGGACGCCACCCGGAGUCUGUCGGUCCUGCUCCGCCUGCUCUCGCACGAAGCAGCUCCCGGUGGGCGGGCCUGGAAGCGGCUCCUGGAGACGUCGGUCUGGGAGGGACAAACCCGGCAGGUGUUGGAGGGGAGGCGGCUCCUUCCCGACAAUCCCGCUCCGGGCGGCGACGAGCCCGAGGCCGACAACGAGAGCGGCGGUGUCGAUUGCAGCGGCAGCAAUCGAGCAAAACUCGUGGAACGCCGGUAUUUGCAACGCGUCAAACCAGCUCUCAAGAACAAACCCAUGUCGUCUCCUCUGAUCCUGAGGUUUCGUAAUGCGGAAGAUUCCGAUGGCGUCGCGUCCACCGGCGGCGGUACCAUUGGGGAUCCAAACAACGCCGGAUCGUGGGGUGUGAUCCAGGCCCUGAACGAGGUCGUUCGGCCACAAACAAUGAAGGGGUCGAGCUAUCCGUGGGAAAGCCUAUCGCCGGACACGUAUUCGGAACGAGAAAUUGUGUGUCGGGAACGCCAACACUUCGAGGAGCGCACCGAGGAAAGCGAUAGCAGUAGUAGUAGUGGUGAAAGCGAGUGUGAUGACGACAGCAGCAGUGAGGGUGAAAGUGAGAGUGAAAGCGAAAGCGAAAGUGACGACGACGACGACGACACUAAUUGGACAACUUCCAAACGAAUCGAGAUCAGGUGCAUCCCCCGAGUAUGGUUGCUCCACCUGGAUCGCCCUAGAGUAUCAAUUGAUAUGCUUCGAGCAUUAUUUAAACAGGACCACAACCUAGAGACAGGACGAGUAGAAAAGGAAGAAUCGGAUUUCACGCUGUUCCAUCACGUUUGUAUACCAGUAGAGUUGAAUCCGUCGUCGAUCGUGACCAAAAGAGAAGAUGCUGCGAUUGGUGGUGAAGACGAUUCUGAUGUGAAAAAUAGUGUCAACAACUGCGAGGGUCACGAUGAAAUUGCUUCACCCGCAAACCUUUUCCUUCGAGGUGCAAUCGUGCAGGUCCUAGAACUAGACGACGACGAUAACGAGGAAGACUGGGAAGGCGGUCACUCCGUUACUCUGCUGCGGAGUGGCAAUGACAACGAUAAUUCAGAUCCCUGGCUUUUGGUAGACGAUGAUAAGUGCCAACCGAUAUCGGAAACCAGAGCUCUCGCGAUGAUGGGCGGUGUAUUGGAAGCCAAUCGCCACACAAACGAGAAGGACGAUGACAACGACUCCGUGAGGACCGGUAGCGCUUACUAUGCAGCGAGCCUUUUGGUAUACUCCGUCCUCGAAGACCACCGGAACGAGGAAUGGAUGCAGCACAUCGACGACCUUGUGUCGUCCUGGAACGAUCACAAAAGGCAACUGGCAGCGACGAUCCAAGCCGAAGAAUCCCUCGUGGGCAAGAGACUCAGGAUAAAAUGGUCGAAAGGAAAGUUUUACGCGGGUACCGUCACGCGGUACGAUCGACCAACGGGAAAACACCGGGUGACAUACGACGAUGGGGAUGUAAAAGAUUACGUUUUGGCCAAAAAGACCAUCGAAUGGAUCGAAUGAGAUAUAGAAAAUGCUAGCACUAUUAAAAAUCAGGGCUCUAC